GCGCCGCACUGACGUCUCCGCGGAGCAAAAUCCGUCAACAAACUCAACAAAAUCUGCUUUUUUUUGGCUUUCGAUCCGCGUAAAACUUUAGCCAUGCUGUCACUCGGGACCGCGGAGUAAUCGGAGCAACGAUGGUGGAAGAUCUUUGAAGGAUUUUGGAACGAAUUUGCUUAAACUCUUAGCUUAGCCGAGUUAGCCCCAGUGCUAGUUUACAUUGACACGGGAGGAAACCCGUUUUGUUUCUUUUUUUUUUUUUUUUUAAAUAUAUAUUUUUUCCGAUAAAGGGGAUCACCUGUAUAAGUUUAGCUUGGACAGCUGGGAGCGCGCCGGGGUCGGAGUCAUGGCUGACAGCAGUAUCGUGACGUUGGGGAUGGCCCGCAGUCUGCUGGUGGAUUCUUCGGUGUACGACUCGCGCAUCGCCGAAACCACCAGGGAUCACGGCUUCAUGGGCACGGCCUGUGAUGAUGCAGAAGAGAUGCUCCUUCCUAAAGUAGAGACCAGGGUGGUUCUGGUGAGAGACGCUGGGAGGAACGCGGCGCUGGUCAAAGCUGUGCAGGACAUCCGAGUUAUGGAAGUACCCGUGGUAAAGAUAAGAGACGCGGACACGGGGGCCGAGGAGAAAACGAUGAUAAAAUCUAUUGUCAAUAUGGACAUCAAUGCCCCCUGUAUAAUGACCGACAGCGUCCAGGAGUUCGGGGACGGCGAGAACACGGACUUCGAGACAGUUUUCGUCUUGUCUCACUUUGAUUCCCCAGACUACACGUACCUCUACAAACGGGACAACCGCAUCGUGGGGCCCCCCGUGGUGAUGCACUGCGCCGCCAAAGACGAACCUCUGCCUUUCUCGUGCCGCCCGCUCUACUCCACCACGAUGCUCAACCUGUCUCUGUGUUUCACCGGCUUCAGGAACAAGGAGGAAAUGAAGAACUUGGUGAAUCUGGUGCAUCAUAUGGGAGGGACCAUCCGGAAGGAUUUCAGCACCAAAGUCACCCAUCUGAUCGCUUACUCCACACAUGGGGAGAAGUACAGGCUGGCGGUUUGCAUGGGGACGCCUAUCCUGACUCCAAACUGGAUCCUCAAGGCCUGGGAGAGAAGAGAUGACGUGUCCUUCCACGCUGGAGACGAGGAAUUCCGAACAGAAUACAAAGUCCCUCCGUUUCAGGACUGUAUUCUGAGUUUUCUUGGGUUUUCAGAUGAAGAAAAGGCCAACAUGGAGGAGCGCACACUGAAACACGGUGGCACUUAUCUGGAGGUGGGGAACGAGCGCUGUACGCACAUGGUGGUGGAGGAGAACUCUGUGAAGGAACUGCCCUUUCCUCCCAACAAGAAGGUCUAUGUCGUCAAGCAAGAGUGGUUCUGGGGCAGUAUACAGAUGGAUGCCCGAGCCGGAGAGUCUAUGUAUCUCUAUGAGAAGAACGACAGCCCUGCCAUGAAGAAAGCCGUGUCCCUCCUCUCCCUCACCACACCCACCAGUAACAGGAAGCGAAGGCGGCUCAAAGACACUCUGGCCCAGCUGACCAAAGAGACCGAGAUCUCCCCCUUCCCCCCUCCGCGAAAGAGGGCGUCUGCAGAGCACUCGCUGUCCAUGGGCUCCCUGCUCGACAUCUCCAACACCCCGGAUACCUGCAAGAGUCUGGCAGAGAGCUCAAAGCCUUCGAAGAGCUCCACUCCGCUGGUGUCGAAGCAGUCGGCGCGGUGGCAGGUCUCCAAGGAGCUGUACCAGACGGAGAGCAACUACGUGGACAUCCUCAACACCAUCCUCCAGCUCUUCAAGAUUCCACUGGAGAAAGAGGGGCAAGUGGGAGGGCCCAUUCUGGCACAAGAGGAACUCAAGACCAUAUUUGGUAGCAUUCCGGAUAUAUAUGAAGUUCACAAGAGGAUAAAGAGCGACUUGGAGGAUCUUCUGACAGACUGGUCUGAAGACAACAGUGUGGGAGAUAUUAUCCUUAAAUAUUCCAAAGACCUGGUGAGGACCUAUCCACCUUUUGUCAACUUCUUUGAAAUGAGCAAAGAGACCAUUGUACGCUGUGAGAAACAGAAGCCACGUUUUCAUGCUUUUCUCAAGAUAAACCAGGCCAAACCGGAGUGCGGCAGACAGACAUUAGUGGAGCUCCUCAUUCGACCUGUGCAGAGGCUGCCCAGCGUUGCCCUGCUUCUGAACGACAUAAAGAAGCACACAGCCGAUGACAACCCCGACAAGAUAACGCUGGAGAAGGCCAUCGAGUCUCUGAAAGAAGUCAUGACACAUAUUAAUGAGGACAAGAGAAAAACUGAAGGCCAAAAGCAGAUUUUUGACGUGGUUUAUGAAGUUGAUGGCUGCCCUGCCAAUUUGCUGUCCUCGCAUCGCAGUCUGGUUUAUAGGGUCGAGACUAUUGCUCUGGGAGACCAGCCGUGUGACCGCGGGGAAAACGUCACGCUCUUCCUCUUCAAUGACUGUUUGGAGAUCGCACGGAAGCGCCACAAAGUCAUCAAUACGUUCAAGAGUCCUUUGGGACAGACACGACCCCCGCCCCCGCUCAAGCACAUCGCCCUCAUGCCCCUGUCCCAGAUCAGGAGAGUGCUGGACCUGCAGGACACAGAGGAGUGUGUGAACGCCUUUGCCCUGUUGGUGCGUCCUCCCACAGAACAGGAGAACUUGUUGUUCAGUUUCCAGCUGACCGGGGAGGACACGGUUAAAAGUGCCUGGCUGCGGAUGCUCUGCCGCCACGUCGCCAACACCAUCUGCAAGACUGAUGCGGAGGACCUGAUUCAGAGCACAGAUCCAGACUCUCUCCAGGUCAGCACCAAGGACAUGGACAGCACUCUGAGCAAAGCCUCCCGGGCCAUCAAGAAGACCUCCAAGAAGGUGACUCGGGCUUUCUCAUUCACCAAGACUCCGAAGCGUGUGAUCCAGAGAGCGUUCCUGGCCAACAAUACUCCUGAUGAGAAGGGCCAUAGGCUUAGCUGUGAGAACCGCAUCGGCAGCAGCGCCACGCUCGCCAUGUCCCGCUCCACCUCCACGUUCAGUCUGAGCAGCGACUCUAAGGGCGGAGCCGUGGUGCAGCGUUCCAACUCCCUGGACCACCCCCCUCUCCGCGCCCGCGUGCCCGUCCAAGUGCGCACGCCCUGCAGCCCCAUGCCCAACCAAGUGCCCCAAAGUCCCAUACCACACAAAACCCUCGUCAGUCCAGGCUUCUACUCCCGUGCCAUGUCCCACAAUAACUCCACCUCCAUCCUCCACGCCCCGCUAUCCGCCCUCUCUCCCUCUGGUCCCGUUUCCGCCUCCACACCUUCCGCCAGAAAUCCUACCCAGGUCCAACCCAAACCGGCCCAGGCAAAAUCUGCAAAGUAUCCCACCUGGCAUAUCCCGUCCGUGGGGUUUAAACCUACGAUUGACACGAUCAACUUCCAAGCUAGUCCCGCCGAGUCGUGCCAAGAGGUGACGGUGGAGCAGCGCAGGUCUGUGCUCACCAGUCCUCGUAAGGAGACCCUCCUCUAGACCAGCCUGGGACCCUGAUGUUCGCCACCAUUCCCCGUCCAUGGUCCAUCUACCUUCUAUGUUCGAGAGGAGGUACCACACGUUCAGCCGAUCGAGUACGCACUUGAUCUGAACAUUCUGACUCUGAGAGGACUUUACAAACCCAGAAUGCAACAUAAGGACUGCAGAAACCCCGCUUCAGCACAGGGGAAAAAUGCACUGAAAUAAGGCCGUGUAUGGAGAUGCUAUCCAUCAUGUUCCAUAUAAGGACUUUUGUACAGGUGGGACUGUGCGGCUGGAAUGGUACGGCAUUACGUUCUCAGGCCCAAAUGUGUAAAUAUUGCUGCCUUUUUUUUUUUUUUUAAAUGAAGGAUAUUUGUGACGGCACUGUGUACGUUUUAAGGUGGAGGGUCCCAAACCACCUUAUCUCAAAUGAAGAUGAUGAUGUUUUACCUGGAAUGUUCCACAAAAUGACUUGACAAAGCAGGUGAUUAGAGAGUUAAAUUUGAUGUCACUUCCAUUAGCCGAUUAAAAACAGUGGAUAUGUUCACAAUUUACUCUUUAAACGUUAAAAAGUGAGUGCAGUUGUUUAAAUUUAGUGAGGUUAUAAGCAUAGAUCAGUAGUUAGCUGUGAUAAAGUUAUAAAAUGAUCAAAUUUACAUACAUUUGAUACGAUUUGUGGUUAAACGUACACUUUUGAAAGGCAAUUGUUUCUAGUUUGAUGAAAAAGGAACAAAAACAAAGCUUCUGGUUGGACCCGGAAUUAACAUAAUCGCUUAACAACUCUUUUGGACCGAAUAUUUUUGGGAAUAAAUACAAAUAUAUGCCAUAUUGUGGAACGUUCCAGGCAAAGCAAGCAACACGCGAAGGACCUUCCACCCGAAAAGUUACACAGUGCAUCUUUAACCACACUAACUCUUGGUGGUAGGAUUUGACGCCUGGGGGCAGCUCCAGAAAAGUUGCCAGCGCCGUAAUUUAUUCGGGCAAGUCUGAAUUGCUGUGUUACUUUCGGUUCCACUGAAUAAAGGCUCGUGUUUGUCCAGUUGCUAUGGGAACUAAUCUCUGGGCGACUUUUUUUUGGAGCUAGUCCCUGGUUACACAUCUGUAUUGUUUUGGCCACGGAUGCCUCGGAAGGUCUGGGGCAGCGAAUGGCCUUUUUGCGUUGGUUCUCUCGUUUUUAUGCAGCGCGGUGAGAGAGAGCUCCAUAUAUUAUAACUGACAUUUAUACUUGUUUUAAUGUAGGUCUAGUCUUUAUAUAUUAUUCAUAAUAUGUUUAUUAUGAUUAACCCACUGUCUUAAAGUAGUGUCCAGCUUUUAUAAAGCUCAUAUUUAAAGUGAUGGUCCAAGUAUCUUUAUGGUAGAGGUGAAGAGUUUUACAGUGGCUUUAGUCUGGAGAGCAGCGGCCAACAGUGUGCGUGCGCUGGAGUUAGAAACAUAAAAACACAUUUAUGGUAAUGCACAGUCUGAUAAUUUUCCGUUUGGUAAUUGUGGAAUAAAUAUGUCAACACGUGGAUACUCUGUGUGCAUUCAAAACAGCAAGGGUAGGAUUUGUGCGUUUAUUUUGCUUGUUAGAUCUCAAACUCCUCCGUGUAUAACAUGACUAUAGAGAAGGGAUGUAACAAUAACCAAAAUAUUGUGAUAUCGUAUCGUCAAAGUUCUCACAAUAAUAUCGUGGACCAUCACAAUAUAUCGAAUCACAAGUCUCUUUGCGUAAAUUAAGAGAUAUGGUGUAGCAAUAGAAGACAAACAACAGAGAACUACAUAGACCAUGAUCCUUUGCUCCAUUUCAAUGCAGACUAUAAGAAGAAAUAACAGUUCUAAGCACUUUUAAGUCUUAGUACUUUGGAUUAAGUCUUGUCAAGGCAUUUUAAGAGGAAAAAGUAGCAUAUUGGCCUCCACAAAAUAUUGCAAUAAAUAUGGUACUGUGAAAUGUAUAUCGUGAAAAUAUCGUACAGAGAGAUUUGGAUAUUGUUAGAUCCCUACUCGUGAGCCUCCCCACAAUAAAUAUUGUAGUGUGAGGUUCAUACGAUGACAGUAUCGUAUCGUGAGACUUAUCAUUAUACCCCUGAUAUAGAGUAGUAUUUAAAGCCGCACUAUGUAACUUUUCUGGUAUAGUCUGAUCUGCCACUUGCGGGUCUCCAAUGUUAUGUAAUGUUCAAUAGUGUGACAUUAAACGUAUUUGUCUCCAUGGUCAGAUCUGUGGAGAGGCAAGCACGCUCAAACUAAUUUCUAGCAAACGCAAGAUGGACAUAUCUAAUGCCAUACUGUGGAACCUUCCAAGCAAAGCAUUAACAACUCCAUGGAGACAAGAAGUGGUUCGACCCCACCAGAAAAGUGACAGUGCGUCUUUAAUAAUCCAUUUUAUCACAAUUAUUACGAUAAACAAUAUAUUGGUUGUUGGUUAAAUUAAAUCUCUCCUCCUAUUGGUCAGCUCUGUCAGAUUUGGAGUGAGUGACAGGUGGGUUUAACCAAUCAUAAUGAAGUAUGAAGUCCCAGUAGAAGAACACACUUCUUAAAAACAGUAUUAAGCUUCGUUGUGUUUAUCGAGAUCCUGACAUUUUAGUUUCAACAUUUUGCUCACUUCUUAUAACUAAAUUUACUUUGUACUUUAUACCACAAAAAGCAUCAGAGUUAGUUUUUUUUUUUUUUUACUAUAGUAGUAAAUAUUUGAAGUACAAUUUUUUAUUGAAUCAAAAUUUUCUUGUAAUUUUUUUGUAAACAUUCUGUAAUUAUCCUUUUAUAGCCUACCUGGUCUGCUGCUUAAUGACAAAAUGUGCCUUUUUCCGACUAAAGCCACACUUUAAACCUUACUGUUAACAAUAAAUGCUGAUUUUUGUCUCUUUAACAUAAUUUAAUUUGGUUUUGGUUCAGGCUAGUUUCUCACAUCUCCGUCCCCCUCAUUAUCUGUGCUGUAACUUUUAAAAGGAAUCCUGCUUAUCUUUUCAAUUAUUCUUGUUUUUUCGUUGCUAUUUGUGUUUUCCAUUUUUAUGUCAGCUUUUCUCCUCUCUGUCAUGUUGUUUUUAUGUUAUUAAAUGCACUUAAAACAUGUAUGAUUUCUUUUAGCACAAAAAAUGUCGGACGUAGGUGUAGAAGAAACAACUUUUUUGUGAAAAUAAAAGGUUUUGUUUCCAGUUUUCAGCGCUUUUUCAUCUUGUUCGCUGUUAGUUCAAGUGAAUAGUGAGUCUUGACCUUCCAU